AUGUUGCCCCGUGAAAGACUUCUCGCCGACACUUUUGAUACCACGACGGGUCAUUUCGGUCAAUACGGUGGACAAUAUGCACCAGAAAGUCAAAUGGGAUUCCUAGAAAGCCUAACCAAGGCAUUCGGAAAUGCCUUGCUGGAUGUGAAUUUCUGGCAUGAUUUUUGCAGCCUUCUCACUCAACGUCCAAGUCCAUUGAAAUUCGCGCCUGGAUUAACACGCCAAGGCGGAGGUGCAAAGAUAUGGCUAAAAAGGGAGGAUCUCAGCGAUUACGGGAGUCCAAAUCAAUAUAGCAUCAUUGGGCAGGUGUUGUUGGCCCGUCGGAUGAAUAAGACCAAGAUCCUCACAGACUGUGGAUCUGCAAAGCACGGAGUGGAGUGUGCAGCAAUAUGCAGUCGUACCGGAAUAAAGUGCACUGUCUUCAUUGGAUCAAAAGAUGCUGAAAGACAGCCCCGUCAUAUCGAAGAAAUCGCGCGUCUGGGGGCGACAUGUGAAGUGGUUCACAAGGGUUGCAUGACACUUCGUGCCGCCACCACUGAAGCUCUUCAGGCAGCCACACAGCAAUUCGAAGAGGCUUUCUAUAUUCCCAACAGCUCUGUGGCGCCACACCCCUACCCGUGGAUCAUGCGCACCUUUGAAUCGAUCAUAGGGAAAGAGGUCAUGGUGCAGAUGCAAGAGAACUGUGGAAGUCUUCCGCAAGCCUUGGUGGCUCCAAUUGGUGGAAAUGGUGGUGCUAUUGGGCUAUUCCAUCCAUUCCUGGCGUUUGAGUCAAUUAAACUCCUAGGGAUCGAAUCAGUCCGCUCAUCUGCGUUAGAAAAAGGCUCACGAGGGGUUUUCUUCGGAACUUCCACGACUAUAUUGCAAGAUGAUGAUGGACAGGUUCUGGAGUCAGACUCAGUUUCGCCGGAUAUGAACCACCCUGGGGUUGGCCCUGAGCUGGCACAUUGGAAGCAGACUGGCAGACUGAAAUGCGCAACGGCAACGGACGAAGAAGCACUAGCUGGUCAAAAGGCUCUCAACGAAGUCGAGAGCGUGAUAGCUGGGCUGGACACGGGACAUGCUGUGGGAGAAGCUUUGAAGCUAGCGCGGCAACUGAAACCCCAAGAUAACAUUGUCCUUCUGGUCACCGGAUCCGACGUCUAUCCAAUCUCGAAUGGCCCAAAGAUUGAUAUGCACACAUCUCAUGGUCAGUCGGAGAUGAGUCAUAUGGUGGUCCCGGAGCCUCUCUCUGCUGCAUAA